AUGGUGGCUCCAGCAACCCAUACCAACACUUUUGGUGAUCUUCCAUCUGCACCAUGGGUUUUGCCUGCUGAGCGAGAGAGUGUGGUCACUGUGGCGCGUUUCGAUUUUUAUCGUGAAUCGCCUGGUUUUUGUUGUGCCUCGGGGCAGAUUUCCCUUGCGGCAUCGGUUGUCUGUCCGAUUCUUUGGUUUCUUUCCACAGAUAUUGCGUCGGAGAUGGCUGUUGAAUUUCGCCGAAGGGUGCGGUCGUCGUACAAUGCUGCUUUUGCGUUUACUUCUAUUGGAAUGACUUUUGACCAAAAUUCUUGGUGGGCUAGGGAGGGUAUUUAUGUAUUGAAAGUAACGGGCCAGGUCACUCAUUUCUUUAACGCUAUUACUGGGGCUGCUGAUGUUUCAAAGAUUCUUCAAUUAUUCUUCCUUGACACAGCUGAUGAUUUGGAUGAAAAUAUUUUGCAUUCAAAGGAUUUGCGGCUUGAUAUAAUCGCCUUGCUUGUUCAGGCAUUGUCACAUAAUCCGUAUAGCAUUUUCUUUAAGCAUUUGCGUACUUUGGAUAAUCUGUCAGAAGCUCAUAUUAUUAUUAAAACAAGCCCUGCAUUAGAUCAGAGGAAUUACAAUCUUCCUCAAGUUGACCAGGUGGCUGCUGUUUGGAGAGAUGGUGAUGAUGGUGGUGCUGGAGCUCAACGCGAUAUACAUGUAUAUACAGGUGUUGGCCAUCGUCGCAAUAUCAGCUACUACUAUGGGUGUUACGAUCCAUUGCAGUAUCUGUUACUCUUUCCAUACGGAGAACCAGGCUGGCGUGCCGGAAUAGAGAGGCUCCCACCUAUCGGCCCGGGUCAACUUGCAAAUCCUAUGCAUCAUUGUGCCGGUGAAAAUAUUAUCGCUCCAACGGUUGCUGGGUCAGCCACAGAAUUGUUUAGUGUUGAGGAAAGAGAGGCGGCCAGGUCGUCGUUCAGUUCUUUUGCACUCUGGUCGGUUGGGGCAACAAUAUAUUAUCGAUAUGGUGUUGUUGACAUCCUGUCUAUUGAACGUGAUAUUCAGUCUUCUGAUAUUCGUAAGAGGGUGGUUUUGCCGUCUUCAUUCAUUGGUGGACCUAGGGACAUGCGCAGGCGGUACGUGAAUGCUAUGGCUUUGGUAGAACGCUUUGGGAAGCCCGAUAUUUUUUUAACUAUGACCUGCAAUCCCGCUUGGAAAGAAAUUCAAGACAAUUUGCUUCCUGGGCAAAAACCUCAUGAUAGACCAGAUUUAAUAGCCCGUGUUUUCAGGAGUAAGCUGGAGGAGCUGAAGCAUGACAUUGUAGUACGCGGGUUGUUUGGCAAGGUCGCAGCAUACGUGUACACUGUCGAGUCUCAAAAGCGCGGCUUGCCUCACUGUCACUGGGUCAUUAUACUGGAUGCUCAUCACAAAAUGACCUCCGCAGCUGCAUAUGACAAAUUUAUCUCCGCAGAAUUGCCUGACAUUUCUCAUCCAUUUUUGCGUGCUUAUGUUGUUAAGCAUAUGAUGCACGGUCCUUGUGGUGCCUCAAAUCCAGGUAACUCGUGCAUGCGUGAUGGAAAGUCCAAGAAUCAUUAUCCCGUGCACGGUAAAAAUUCUUACGUUAAUUAUAGAAGAAGGGAUGAUGGCACAGCUGUAGUUGUUCGCAACGUGCGUCUUGAUAAUCGAUAUGUUGUACCUUAUUGUCCUUUGUUACUAGCCAAGUUUGAUUGCCAUAUAAAUGUCGAGAUAUGUGCUGAUAUCAAGUUGGUUAAAUAUUUGUACAAGUAUAUUCAUAAAGGUCAUGAUAGAGUAUCGUACAACGUUGUUCCAGCUGUUCCAUUGAACAAGGGUUUUGAUGAGAUACAAUCAUACCAGGAUGGUAGAUGGAUUUGCGCCCCAGAGGCAUAUUGGCGAAUGUAUUCAUUUGUAAUGAGUGAGGCACAUCCACCUAUCAUAGUGUUACCCUUGCACUUGCCAAAUCAUCAGCCGCUACGGUUUGGAGCCAAUCAAUCGUUGGAGCAGAUUUUAGCUAAUCCGUUAUGUACUAAAACAAUGCUGACAGAAUUUUUUGCAAUGAACCGUGAUGAUGCCGAUGCAAUUCGACUUCAUCUCCUCUAUAAAGAGUUCCCGGAGUAUUUUGUUUGGGAAGGUGUUAAACGAAAAUGGAAGUUGCGAAAAAGGCAAACAGUUGUUGGGAGGCUCUGCACUGUUAAUCCACAGGGAAGUCAUGAUACAUCACUGGGAGAGAAAGAUGUUUUGCUGAAAACAGUUACUGCAAUAGAUCUUAUUCUUAUAUCCAUGGACAAGUCUAUAUCUGAUUAUGCAAUUAAAUUUCCCUUUGGGUAUUUACCUUCUACUGACAGAUUGAGUGCAGAUUAUAGGCAUGAACGAUCAAUAAUUGUUUCAGAUGAGGAUAUUGUUUCUAUGACACAACUCAAUGAGGGUCAACAACAAAUUUUUGACAAGAUUGUGCGUUUGAUUGAUGCGCGUAGGCAAGGUCUUUUUUUUUUGGACGGUCCAGGUGGAACAGGUAAAACAUUUCUGUACCGAGCCUUGCUUGCAUACGUUCGGUCCCGGGGUAAUAUUGCUCUUGCCGUUGCAACCUCUGGAGUGGCCGCAUCUCUUCUUCCCGGUGGCCGUACGGCACAUUCUAGAUGCAACCUUCCAUUUGAUAUAGACGACAAGCCAAUCGGUAAGGUGAGUAAACAAAGCAGCCUUGGUAAAAUGAUUGUAGAGGCAAGAUUAAUAAUAUGGGACGAGGCGACAAUGGCAAACCGUCAUUCUGUUGAGUCGUUGGAUGCUGUAUUGCGUGAUUUAUGUGAUGCAUCACUUCCAUUUGGCGGAAAGCUUGUUUUACUUGGCGGCGAUUUUCUCCAGACUUUACCGGUGGUUGUUCGUGGUUCAAGGGAGUCGACGGUUGCAGCAUGUAUAACGAGUUCUCAUAUUUGGUGCAACGUAACACGCCUAGAACUUUCUGAAAAUAUGCGCGCUAGACAGGAUCCCGAUUUUAUUGUUUUUCUGUUGCGCGUUAGCGAUGGCGUUGAACCUGUUAUAUCUGACGACAACAUACAUAUUCCAAAUGAGAUGCUAAUUCCUUUUGUGGAUUCUGAAGUUUCUUUUGGCUGCCUUGCCGACAGCGUCUAUCCUUCAUUUGAUACUCUUUCAGCAAAUCCUUAUGCAUUGGUGAAUAGGGCCGAGUAUGAGGAUUAUCUCAACGGUGUCUCGGCGAGUGGGUUACCUCCACAUGUGUUGCGCUUGAAAGAAAAUUGCCCGAUUAUGCUAUUAAGAAAUUUGGAUCCAGUUCGAGGCUUGUGCAACGGGACAAGGCUCAUCUGCCGUCAGUUGGGUGAUAAUUUCAUUAAGGCUGAAAUUGCAACUGGAGAUUUCAAGGGGGACCAUGUUUUCAUUCCACUGCACGGGCAAACUUUAGGGUAUGUGGGAAUAUAUCUACGUGAGCCAGUAUUUUCUCACGGUCAGUUAUACGUUGCUUUGUCAAGGGCCAAAUCUGCUGAAUGCAUUAAGAUUCUAAUUGAGCCAUCCACAAAGAAAGAAGUUCCUCUUGAUUGUACAAAAAAUAUUGUUUACGAAGAAAUAUUUGCUUCGACAGGAGGAAAUCAGCAGGCUUGA